AUGUACGGCAAAAGGGAUAAAACGGUGUACUUGCUGUGUGGCUGUGUCACCAUUUUUUUUCUUGAUAAUGAUCUGUUUGUGAACUAUGGCCAUGAAUCUGAUGAUGAUGGAGUUUUUCUUUUGGUUUACAUGUAUCAAGGGUUUGAGUUCCUUUUCAUCAUUUAA